ACCGACCUUGACCACAAUGCGCUACAGAGGGUGGUGCUGACGGCCCAAUACAUCACCUUACAGGACCUCUAUAUCAGGCGGUGUCAGAGGAAGGCCUGAAAAAUUGCCAAAGACUUCAACCACCCAAUCUAUAGACUGUUCUCCCCGUUACCGUCCGGCAAGUGGUACCGGAGCAUCGGGUCUCGGCCCAACAGGAUUCGUGGCAGCGUCUAUCCACAAGACUGCUAAAUAGUUCAGCAAAAUGGUUACCCAGAUGAUCUUCAUUGACCUUGUUUGACCCUAUGCACACUCAUAAGACUCCACCCACACACUCACCACACUGACACUCUCUCACACACACACACACUUUCACACUCAUCAAAAAACGCUGUUCCUUUUUUACUCUUGUUAUUAUCUAUGCCAUGCCUUCAAGUACAUAUCUACCUCAUUGAUCUGGUAGCUUAAUUGUUGUGCAUUUUCAUUCCUCUUUUAAAUAUAUAUAUAUAUUUUUUUUUUUUUAUUAACUCUGCAUCGAUGGGAUAGGGUUCCUAAGUAAACAUGCAGUAUUAUGGUAAAGUCGACAGCUGUUGUAUUCAGCACAUUUGAGUUGGAAGAUUUUUCUGUGACAAGCCAGCCUGUUUUUCUACCCCUCCCCUUAAGCAUACACCCCUCCCAGACAUAGGUCCAUCGUAGGGAGUGUGUGUGACUGUGUGUUUGUGUGUCUGUGUGUGGAGGAAAGAGGGCGUGGGAGGGGAGAGGCCAUAAAAUACAAGCCAAAAGGAAGCGAGAGAAAGGGAAGUGGGAAGAGAAAGAGAUACAAACAAGGCUGUGUGUCGAUUGUGAUUUUGAGGGUCGUAGCCCAAACUCUUCCGGAUAACUUGACAACCUACAAAGGACUGCAAACUUGAGUGUGACUCUGUGGAAAUAAGAUGCAUGCGAUGGAGCAGGGGAGCGUUCAAGAGCAUGGAAGAAGUAGAAAACUCUCCAAGAUUUGGGUGAUAAAUGAACGCGUUCGAGUGGGACUCGCAGAAACCCUCAGCACCUAUGUCAUGAUGGUGUUUGGCUUGGGCUCUGUGGCACAGGUCGUGACUGGACGGGGUGCGUUCGGAGAGUACCUUAGUGUCAACCUGGGCUUCGGCCUGGGCGUGGCUAUGGGAGUGCAUAUUGGCGGGAGGGUCUCAGGGGCCCAUAUGAACGCAGCAGUAUCAUUCUCCAUGUGUCUCUUUGGUCGUUUGGGUUGGAGGAUGCUUCCCGUCUAUAUCCUCAGUCAGCUGAUAGGCUCCUUCUUGGCUGCUGGGACCAUAUACUCCCUUUACUAUGACGCCAUAUACCACUACUGUGGAGGGAAUCUGACUGUGUCUGGCCCUAAGGCUACCGCUGGGAUCUUUGCUACCUACCCAGCACCCUACCUCUCGCUUCAUGCUGGAUUCUUAGACCAGGUGAUCGGCACGGCCAUGUUGUUGCUGUGCCUGAUGGCCCUGUCUGAUCAAAGGAACCAGCCUGCUCCAUCGGGGGGUGAGCCCAUCGCUGUGGGCCUGUUGGUACUGCUCAUAGGAGUCUCUCUGGGGAGCAACAGUGGAUACGCUAUCAACCCUAGCCGUGACCUGGGACCUCGAAUCUUCACCGCUAUAGCAGGCUGGGGGCCAGAGGUGUUCCGGGCAGGUAACGGCUGGUGGUGGGUACCUGUACUUGCCCCCAUGGUGGGAGGAGUCACAGGGGCUUCCAUCUACAAGGUCUUCGUGGAAUUGCACCACCCCUCCCCCUGUGAACACAGGAGGGAGAUAGAGGACGAGGCAGAGGAGGAGGCUGCGCCUCUGGAUAUGCAGAAAAAGGUGUGUGUGUGAGGCACCCCAGAGGUGUGUGUGUGAGGCACCCCAGCUAUGUGUGCGCACACUUGCUACACCCAAAGUAACUGGAGGAGGAUCCAAUGGAACAGAAACAUCGGCAAACAAUUGGGGAUGUUGUUCUGAGAGGACACUGACUGGACUGGUUACAUUCUCCACGGUCCAAGUCCAAGUGACAGAAUGAAUUGUGAAAGUGAAACAACUGUGAAACAGAGCAUGAAUUCAGUUUGGCUCCCAGGCUAAGGAUGAAUGAGACCACCUCUAACAGAAGUCAAAGCUGCAUAUAGAAGUUGCCUGUAAGUCUAGGAUUAGCUAACCCCUCAACCAAUAGAACUAUGGAGCCUUGAAACUGAUGACAAAAUGCAAGAGACUAUGUCAAGAAUGUAAUUGGUGUUCAUCUGAGGACACUGGAGGAAAUCUGGACUCAUUAAAAUGGCCAUCGACAAUAACACAGGUUUAACCGAAACGAUUCUCAUCUGCCUUUAAUAGGAAAUACAUACAGCCAUAGACACAAAAGGGAAAUAAAUAGGAUCAACAGGAUGGCCUACAAGGCUUCGCAGGGAAUAGCAGCAUUGCUAGAAAAAACAUGUCAGACACACACACACUCAGAGGAGAAGAAGCAUUUAUAGUGGUAUAAUACAUAGCUACCGUUUCCCUGCCAUUACUUACUUGAGAAGCCAAGCGCUGUAGCCCCAUUAGCUACCACAUAGAUCGUUAGCUUCAAUAUUCUGAAUGGUAGCAGCCAGAUAUGUUGCUUCCGGGCCCUUUUCAACCCACCCAAGAAACAAAUGCAGGGGAAACACUGCCAUAGCCCAUUGAAUAUGUAUUUUUUGGGGGGUGGGGGAGGGGAAGUUUCCUUAUCGCCUGCCCCCACUAUGCCUCCCCGAGCUCCCCUGCCCCUUGGCAGUGCCCCCCACCCCUCCCUGGGCCGACUGUUUCUUCUUCGGGGCGGGCAGCUUUGCUUUGCCCCGGAAGGCUUUGCUGGGGUCCAGCUUGUUGACAGGCGGAUCUCCGGUGAGCUCGGCCAUACUGGGCUCACAGUGGAAACUCAGGGGCUGGUAGAGAGACGCCCACUGCUGUUGGGGAGAUAUAGAUGACACAGGCACAAUGGGUAAACUAACUAACCGAACAAAAACUCAUGGAAUUAUGUCCUACUGUUAAGCUGUACUUAUUUAGGUUUGCGUGCUGAGAGAAAUCUCUUUCAUGAGACGGACUUGUUUUAAACAUAUAUAACAAACCUUAUUGUGAAGUUGCCUAAUCAAAAAGUAUAGCUACACAUUUAUAAGUUGCUUACUACAGUAUAACUAAUUUUAGGAUACACUUAAAUGACUAAAAUACUAAUAUUUUUUUGUGAGACCUAGUCAAGGUAGGGCAGGGCAAUGAAACAAAUGCACUUAAUGACCCCUCCAUUGGGUCAGAGCUUGGGGGUCAACAUACAACAUACCUCAGUCAAAACACUUUAGUUCUAGGCCCUGACUUAUUUGUUUUAGCUGAUGUGGCCAGAAAGUGAUGAUACAUAGCCUAACUGGGGUCUGUUAUGUUUGACAUGACUAUGUAUUGUACAUUGAAAGAAACAAUACAAUCUGUGUUUACCUUGUA